AUGGCCACAUUGCCCUUGCUGCUACUGAGCUGCUGUGUGACAACGCUUUUGCUUGCCCAAGCCCUGGAGCUGACGCCCGCUGGGAAGCCCAAGUACGCGCCGUUUCCUUUAGACGCUGUUGAACUGCCUGUGGACCUCGAUGGGGAGCAAUCGAGCAGCGACGAGCAGGAGUCGUUUUCGCUGCCGCUGCCCGCACAUCACUCGCUGCCGCCGGCUUGGUUGCAGUUCGAUGAGUCGCCGCCCGCUCCCAAGCAGCGCAUUUCCGGCGGCAGCAGCAAGGCAUCCCUCAUCAAGCUACCCCACUCCUCCAGCUCAUCGUCCACGUCCAUGUCCGCCAACCAACACAAGCAUGCACACACCCACCAGCGCAGCUGCUCCAUUGAGAUAUCCAGCAAGAUUGCGGGCGUGUGCCAGCCCAUGUCGCAUAUAGGCGUCUCCGCUUGUGUUUCCGGCGAAUACAUGGAGGUGCUGCAUCCGGACUGCAUGUAAGCGGCGUAUGUGUGUGUGUCUACGACUACCUGGUGCGCGUAUGAAAUACAUAUAAAUAAUAAGUUAAAUAAAUUAAACAAUUUGUAUUAUAAA